GGCAGAUAGGAUGUACCGACACCACGGCAUGCACAGCACUUGUGGUAACAGGCAUUGUAGGAAACUCCACGAUGAAUUAGAGGAGGCAUUAAACAGAGUACAUCAACUCGAAGACUUGCUCAACUGGCAAUCGAGUAACGGCCCUCUUCCUCCGUCUGAAAGGGGUCCAGUCGCUUCAAGUAGCAUGUACAGUCUCGAGGACAUUAGUCGGAACAUUAACUCUUUUAGGCAUAACCAUGUCCGGAGAAGUCGCAUGGAAGAACUUCAGGCCGAACUUAGUGACGACAGUGACAGUAGCGAAGUCGUGGACCGUGAAACAACAGUUUGACGACGAUAUUGAUGACGGCAAUAAAUUUCUGUCUUCCCAGCAUGCAGUCUUAGGCGACGUUUUCAUUAUUACACUACUGGACAAGUGUCCAUUUGGAAAAAGAAGACUUCCGGAAAAU